AUGUCACUCGGAACAAUUUACAGCUUACCAACCUCGCCACGAAGCUCAUUUGUAGUCUCUUUGAUUAAAUACACUGGGCUAGACAUCGAGGUCAAGGACAGGAGUGCUCCCGAAUUUGAGGAGCAAUUUCCUUUGAAAAAAUGUCCAGCUUACCUAGGAGCCGAUGGUUUCCAUCUGACAGAGAAUCUGGCCAUUAUCAAGUAUAUCACUGAAAUCUCGCCAAAGAAGUACAACUGGUACGGAAAAGACGCUAAAGAGGAGGCUAAAGUUUGGCAAUGGCUCUCCUUCAUCAACACAGAAUUUAUGCCAGCUCUGUGCGAUUGGGCCUUGCCAAGUUUGGGAGUUCUGCCUUACAAUGCGGAACAGAUACAGAGAGGUGUCGAUAGACUCGACCAGCUAGCAGGUCUUAUUGAGAAGCAGCUUACAAAGACUAAGUAUCUUGUUGGGGACGAGGCCACGCUAGCGGAUUUGUACGCUUCCGAAUUUGUCAAAGGUUCCUACAGCGGCCUUUGGGAUGAAUCCUGGGUGAAAGAACAUCCUGGUAUUGCGAGAUGGCUAGAUCAGCUAAAGAAGGAGCCAGUAGUGGGAGAGUCCUUGAAAGGUAUCAGACCUGCAAACAAAGCAAAGAAAUGA